UAUCCUAAGAUAGUGACCUGCACUUCGAUUGCUAGACCCCAGCAAGUGUGUUUUGCUAGAAGUCCAGUGUUGGAAGCUGCAGGUGUUUGGAAUUUGGAUUUCUUCACCAGGUGAUACAAACAAGGGAGAUGUUUUGUUGAAUUUAGGGAGUUUGUAACUCCAUUUCUCUUGCAGACAUAUUAUGCUGAGCAGUAUUUGCUGCUCAAGCCAUCGCCUGGCAGGGCUGGUGACAGCAUGGGCUCCAAUCGCUGCACUGGUGGUUCUUCGAAGGAGAGGCUCAAGUGGACCAAAGAGUUGCAUGACUCGUUUGAGAAGGCUGUGAACCAGAUCGGAGGCCCAGAGAGGGCAACACCGAAAGGUAUUCUCAGGGCUAUGGCAGUUCCAGGAUUGACCAUAUAUCAUGUCAAAAGCCACCUGCAGAAAUACAGGAUGUCAAUUUUCACAAGAGAGGAAGACCACAUCAAAAGGAAGUUUGAGAAAAGAAGUCUAUCAGAGAUGCUUCCAAAUUUCAGUGCAACGUCGGGUGCUCAGCUAAACGAAGCAUUGUUAAUUCAAAUGGAAGCACAAAAACGGCUGACUGAUCAACUUGAGGUCCAGAAAAGCUUGAAAAUGAAGAUUGAAGCGCAGGGGAGAUUUCUUGACAAACUGAUGGAGGAAUUCAAGAGCCGCGGACCCUGCAUGAAGCCCAUCAGGCCCUGUUCUCCAAUCCUGUCACUGCCUUCUCUCAGCGAGGAGUCGUCCGAUCAGUCAAAUGGGAUGGGAUUCGAAUCAGAUUCAGAAGAAUUGGAGAUAAUGUCCAGGGACGAAUUCCAAGCCAAGAAGAGGAUGAAAAUCCAGGAUAGUGGUGUGCUUCGGCGGGGACAGAGUCUUCCUAUGUGCCACCCCGGUCCCCCCCAGAGCUUGGGCAUGUUUCCUAUAAGCAACAGCAACAACAACAGCAAUGAUGAUGAUCAUCAUCAUUUGUAUGGAGAAGGAGAGCACGAAAUGGAGUUGCCAUGGAGUUUCUGUGCCUUUCAAUUCAGUCUUACCAGUGGAGCAGCCAGCCAGUCAACCCUUUAUCAUCAUCCCAUGAAUUAGAGAAAAUAAAACGCACUCUUGCAGUAAAAUAAGUGGCAGCUGCUGCCUGGCAGGGCAGGGCAGAACUACUGGUGGUAUGGUAUGUGGUUUGAUAUGGUCGCCCGCGUUGUGCUUUUGUGUGUCAAUAAACUCAGGAAUAAGCUCUCGUGUCGUGAUGCCUCCCAUCAUCAUUUGUCAUGUUGUAUUUUCUCUUCUACCUGGUCUCUGUCUCUGAGGAAUUUCUGUAUCAGAAGAUAUUAGUAUUUCAUAAUCUUGAU